AUGAUGAUGACGCCCAAGAACAACAUCCAGAGAACAGUCUCCGACAUCUCGUUCGAGCUCAUGAGCAAAGAGGCCAUCGACCACCAAGAAGCAGCAGCACUUCCCCCGAUCUCGGAAGUGGAGGACGCCAAGUGCGAGUGCUGCGGGAUGAGCGAGGAGUGCACCCCGGAGUACAUCGACCGCAUCCGCUCCAAGUUCCUCGGCAAGUGGAUCUGCGGGCUCUGCUCCGAGGCCGUGAAGGAGGAGAUGGCGAAGCAGAACAACGGCCUGGAGGCGGCGCUGACAGCGCAUAUGAGCGCGUGCGCCAGGUUCAACAAGUUCGGGAGGGCGUACCCGGUGCUGUCGCAGGCCGAGGCGAUGCGAGAGCUGCUGAAGAGGAGCACUCGAAGGGCGCAGUCGUUCGGCCCAAAGAGUGGAGCUCAGAAAGUUGGCGGGCUUGCGAGGAGCUCCAGCUGCAUCCCGGCUAUCACGAGAGACUUGCACCGCGCUGGUCAUAAUUAA